CUUCUCUCUUCUCCAUUCUUCUUUUCUAAAUUGCUCCUUUUCUUCUUCUGCUCCAAAGUUCAAUUCUUUCUUCAGUUGGGAUAUUAGUUCCAACUCUCCAAGGACUAGAGGGUUUGAUUAAGAUGGGAUUUUGAGAAUUGGGAAUUUGUUCAUUUGAAGUCAGGGUGGGCAGUGAGCUUGACUUCAGCCUGGUCUGGCAUGGCAUGCAACUGAUUCAUAGGUAAUGAGAAUGGUAAUGGCAGGGUCACUGUGGAAGUCAUCGUGUUCAUGUUCAUAUACGUGUUCAUUGGUUAGAGUAAUAGGAGUUUCAAGAACAAGUAGUGGUGCAGCAGCUGCUAUACUUCAUGCAUCAUCUCCAUUUCCACCUCCAUCCAUGGCCUUAAAAAUACAAAGAAAAAGUAGCUUAACCAAGUGGAGGUGGUCUCAACAGCAACCACAAUUACCAGAAGACAGGAACAGAAAUGCCUUCUUCAUACGGAGCUCUAAAUACGGAACCAAUAGUAUUAGCACUGAUGGCGGAAAGGGAUAUUUGGAAUCUACGGACCAAGAAUUGAUGAGCCAGUGCGAAAUGGGCACUUUCAAGACGUCAGGGCCAGGGGGUCAGCACCGCAACAAGCGAGAGUCUGCAGUACGCCUUAAGCAUCUCCCAACUGGUAUUAUUGCACAGGCUUCUGAGGAUCGAUCCCAGCACAUGAAUCGUGCCUCAGCUUUAUCUCGCCUACGCACUCUUAUAGCUCUCAAAAUCAGGAACAGUGUGGAUCUUGAUGGUUAUUCCCCUCCUCGAGAGCUUCUUCAAAUUCUUCCCAAAUCAUCUUCCAUUAGAACAUCAGAUAUUGGUAACCAAAUUGGACCGAACAAUCCGAAAUUUGUUUACGGAAUGCAAGCUCUGUUGGAUCUCCUUUAUGCAGUUGAUGGUUCUGUCUCAGAGGCAGCAAAGUUUCUGGGGUUGAGCACAGGUGCACUGUCUCGGUUAAUACUCUCUGAUGAUUCUCUCCGAUUGGCAGUCAAUGAGCUUAGGGCUUCUAAGGACAUGAAGCCUUUGAGGUAGAAUUUGUCAGAUGUUGCAGGUUUGUGGAACCAGAGUAUUAUGACAUUGCAAAGCAACACAGAUAUCAUUUUUGUCAGAUAAAUGGAAUAUGCAUGAACAUUGCUCUUGACAGACAUUGCACCAUCAGUUUAGAUUCGGUACACAUCAAGCUAGAAGAAAGUUCAAUACAUCAAAGCUAGAAGAAAGCUUUUCUUUUAGCUGUAGCAUCGACUCUAGCUAGUCUAGAGGUUCUAGAGUCUAGUGACCGGGUUAGGCCACCAUGGGAGCGAAAAUGGGUAGCGGAAUUCCUUAUAUGCCCAAUAAUUUUAAUCUGUGUAGUUGUCUCUAACAUUCCGCCAUGGAGGUUGCAAGUGAUAAUGUCGCCGACCAUAUCUUAAAUAUCCAUAUCCUCAUUGUUUGGGUGGAAAGUCACUGAAAUCUGGUAAGGCCUGACCACCUCAAUAUCUUUGCAAGUUAUGGGAACUUUGUCGACUAUUCAUUUAAAUUUGCCUUUGCUGUUUUCCACAACUGGUUUCAACUCCCGAACUCUGAAUACCUGUCGACCUUCGUCGUCAUGGAGGACUUCAUGAGUCCCACACAACCGUAGCCUCCCUCCGCUCACAGCUAAAUGGCCUAUGCCUCCAGUUUUUAUACCCUCACUCAGCUCAAUGAACUGACAUUCAGCAAUAUUACUAGUACUACUGGUGGAUGCGGAGAGAUCCAACUCAAAUAUAGUCAUCCUUAUAACCACCAAUACGACAUUCCAUUGUAAGCAGUGGCAGAACUGGUUGUAUGGCCAAAAAAAGUGGCAAAUGAAGAAAAGAGCCGGGAGCAUAAUUCUCUACAUUCACGAGUCUCAGAAGAGAAGAUCUCCAGAUUGAAGUUUGGAUACGAGAAUUCGGAACUAGUCACACAGCCUUCCACACAUACUCGUUUGUUCUUCUUUUCGAUCGGAAUCACCAUCGGAGUAUUUAUAAUAUGGAUUGCAGAGGUAGUAUUGACGUACAUCUUUUUAACCUCCUUUUAUCAGCAGCAGCGGUUCUCAUGGCAGGUGCAGUAACAAACUCUAAGUUAGGGUCUUCUUUCUCUUCUUUGGAGAGGUGAUCCUUAUGGUCAUUUAUCUUUCCUAUCGUGACGACUCUAGUUUUCCUUGGCCAAGUCCUUUCCCAACACGGUGUUCCAACCGCUUUUGGAAAAAUGAUUCAUAUAUGAAUGCUCCAAAAUGGUCUAUGAAACACGUUUACUCCAUCAUUUUCAAUUUCUGA